UUAAUUUAUUCAUCAUCAGAUUCUUUUCUGAGAGGCCACAAAAUCGGUUGAAGAUCCAACCAAUGCCAACCUCUGUCUAGUGUUUCUCUAUCAAAGUUAGCAUUUUCCCCUUCUUUCAAGCUCUCCUUUUUAAUCCAUAAUUUUUCCUGUCCCUAAAUUGUCCACUCAAAAACCCACGUUGUUACCUUGCCCAAACUUUCAUUGCUUUAGGGUUUUGGUUAAAUUCUUGAUUUUUGAGGUCAGAUCAGAGCUCGAAUUGGGGGUUUUUGAUGGUCCUUCCUUUUUUGGGUGGGAUUUUGGGGUUUGUUAUUAGCCGUUUAAUUUGUUGACUUUUGUGAUUGAAUUUGUUAAUUUCUGGAGGUUUUGAUUGGGUUUUGUGGGUGCCACAUGUAGAGGAUUAUUGAAGCUCGGUUGAAUCUUAGAGGGUUUCUCAUUGAAGAUUUUAGGGUUUGGUUUUUAUCUAAUAAUUAUAAAAAAGUGAUCCUUUUGGGGUAUGGUUUUGAUUUGGUGGCUUUUAAUGUAUAACCAUUAAGGGGUCCUCUGCUCUUUGUUGUAGAGGAUCCCUAUUGAAAAAAAAUCGAAAAUUUUAUGAUUUUAAGUUACGAAUCUUGAUCAGUCCAGGUGAAAGUUAGCAAGUGCUUUUAAUUGCUUGAAUCUUAGUGCUUUCGUGGUGGAAAAGAGAAAAAGUCAACUGGGAAUUUGUUGAAUUUGAGUUUGGUAGAUACAUAAUUUUGUAUUGUGUAAAUUGUGGAGGAAUGUUCGCUUCUGGUCCAGAAACUGGCCAUGAAAAGAGUGGAGCUUCAGGGUCACGUUUGAUUCCAAUGCGCUUCGUCUGGCCUUAUGGGGGCAGGAGAGUGUUUCUCAGCGGCUCCUUUACUAGGUGGUCAGAGCAUAUACCCAUGUCUCCAAUGGAGGGUUGCCCCACUGUAUUUCAAGUUAUUUGUAGGUUGAGCCCUGGAUUUCAUCAGUUUAAAUUUUUUGUUGAUGAUGAAUGGCGGCACGAUGAGCACCAGCCCUUUGUAAAUGGUGAUUAUGGUGUGGUUAACACUGUCUUUAUAGCUAGGGAACCAGAUGUGGUUCCUCCAAGUCUUAGUCCUGCGACCCCGGGCAACAUGGACGUUGAUGAUGUUUUUAUUUGUUUGGAACCUGCUCCAACAAUAUCAGAUGCAGAUUUAGAGGUCUCUCGUCAUCGUAUGGCUGCGUUCUUGUCGAGACACACUUCUUAUGAGUUGCUUCCGGAGUCAGGCAAGGUUAUUACCUUGGAUGUUAAUAUAGCUGUGAAGCAAGCAUUCCAUAUUCUGCACGAACAGGGAAUUCCCGUGGCUCCUCUCUGGGAUUCUUGCAAGGGCCAGUUUGUUGGUGUUCUUAGUGCACUGGACUUCAUUCUUAUCCUAAGAGAGUUGGGGAAUCAUGGUUCAAAUUUGACAGAGGAAGAAUUAGAGACACACACGAUAUCAGCUUGGAAAGAGGGAAAGAUGCAUCUUAGCAGACAGAUUGAUGGCAAUGCAAGAUCAUAUCCUAGACGUCUUGUUCAUGCUGGGCCUUAUGAUUCUUUGAAGGAUGUUGUUCUGAAGAUUUUGAAAAGUAAGGUGGCUACGGUUCCCAUCAUUCAUUCUUUGUCACAGGAUGGUUCAUUUCCACAGCUGCUACAUCUUGCCACCUUGUCUGAAAUACUAAAAUGUAUAUGCAGACAUUUUAAACAUUCUUCUAGCUCCUUGCCCAUUCUUCAACAACCAAUUUGUUCAAUUCCCUUGGGUACUUGGGUACCAAAAAUUGGGGAAGCAAAUGGUCGGCCGUUGGCUAUGCUGCGGCCAAAUGCCUCUCUUGGUGCUGCCUUAUCAUUGUUGGUUCAAGCUCAGGUAAGUUCGAUACCAAUAGUGGAUGAGAAUGACUCAUUGCUUGAUAUAUAUUCGCGAAGUGAUAUAACUGCUUUGGCAAAGGAUAAAGCUUAUGCACAGAUUCAUCUCGAUGAAAUGAGUAUUCAUCAGGCCUUGCAACUGGAUCAAGAUGCAAAUUCGUUCAAUGGACAAAGAUGUCAGAUGUGUCUAAGAUCAGAUACUUUGCACAAAGUGAUGGAGCGGUUGGCAAAUCCAGGGGCUAGGAGACUUGUGAUUGUGGAGGCUGGCAGCAAGCGCGUAGAAGGAAUUAUUUCAUUGAGUGAUGUGUUUAGGUUCUUGCUUGGUGUUUAGCUCAAAAGGGUCGAGCUGUAAUUCCCUCCGAGGGCUUUCAUGUGGUGGCAUCGUGGAAGAUCCAUUAAUUUCAUUGACUUGUGUUUUUAUCUGCUCCACCAUCCGCCUCUCCCAUGGUGAAUGGUCUUAUUUGUUACUCAGUCGGGCUACAUGACUUUGAUCCCCAACCCCCUUUUUUAGGAUAGAAGUUUCAAAGAGCAAGAAAUGAAUUUGUAAAUUGUGAGAAUUCCAUUUUUCCCUUUCAUUUCAAUAACCUAAUUAUUGUCAACUCAAUCAUGCUGCUGGAGCAGCUCCCGUUUCUGUGUCUAUGCUAACAACAGCAACAACAA